AUGCGCGCUCCUGCGCCCGCCCUCCUCCUCAUCCUCAUCGCCGCCCUCGGCGCGUUCCCCCCACGCGCCGCCCCGAAGUCGACCAUCGAGCCCUGCUCGGACUCCGGCGUCUGCUCGGCCCUGGUGAGCUACACCCUCUACACCGACCUGAAGGUCUCGCAGGUGGCCUCCCUUUUCGGCGUCGACCCCAUCGCCCUCCUCCUUGCCAACGCCUUCGACGCCUCCCUCCCCGACGUCGAGAACCACAUCCUCCCCUCUGACCUCCUCCUCAAGGUCCCCGUCCGCUGCGCCUGCCUCAACGGCAUCCGCCAAGCCGCCGGCGUCACCUACCGCACCAUCGCCUCCGACACCGUCGCCUCCAUCUCCACCGCCGUCUACGGCGGCCUCGUCUCCCCCGACCAGAUCGCAUCCGCAAACCCUCACGCCGGCAUCACGGACGCCGUCAUCCCCACCGGGACCCAGCUGAGCAUCCCUCUCCCCUGCACCUGCUUCAACAACACAGACAACAACCUGCCGGCGGUCUACAUGUCCUACGUGGUGAACGGGAGCGCGGACACCCUUUCUGAGAUCGCCGCCAGUUACCAGACCACAGUGACUGAUUUGAUGAAUGUCAACAAUAUGGCCAGUCAGGAUCUUCAGGGCGGUGAUAUUCUUGCUAUCCCCUUGUCUGCUUGUGCAUCGAAUUUCCCGAUCUACGCCGAGGACUACGGCCUGGUUGUGCCCAACGGUAGUUAUGCCAUUACCGCCAGUCACUGUGUGUUGUGCAGUUGUGGGUCCGGGAGCCGCAAUUUGUACUGUGAGCCAUCCCCAUUAGCAGUUUCUUGUUCGAGCAUGCAAUGCCCGAACAGUAAUCUCAUGAUUGGUAAUGUUACCGCCCAACAAUCUGCAGGCGGAUGCAAUGUGACUUCCUGCAGUUACAGUGGAUUUGUGAACAAGACUAUAUCUGCUACGCUGUCCACAUACCUGCAACCUAGAUGCCCAGGACCGCAGCAGCUUCCUCAGCUGAGUGCUCCACCAACGACGGCCCCGAAAUUAUAUUCUCCGGCGCCAGCCCCAUCAGAGCCCGGCGGCAUUCCUUCAUCGAGCCCUAUAUCCUCCCCCACGGUGCCCUCAUCCGGUGUGAGUAUUGGUCUUCCCCCAGCUGGUGGGCCCACUGGGAGCACUCCUGGAUCGUCUGCCACAUGCUCGUUAAUGGGCCAAUUGACUCACUUUCAUGUGAUGUUGCUAGUAUUGGGUUUGGCUAUCGAGCUUGUGUUGUUGUCGUUCAUGGAACUAUAA